GUUCCUCAUUUAAACCAGAAUGCCUGGAAUAACCUUGAGAAGUACAGCAGAAGCUUGGCAAGGAGCAACAAGAACGUCUACGUCUGCACAGGACCCCUUUACCUGCCCAGGAUGGAGGCCGAUGGGAAGAUGUACGUCAAGUACCAGGUGAUUGGGAAGAACAACGUGGCCGUCCCCACCCAUUUCUUCAAGGUGCUCAUCCUGGAAAAGGACAGCGGGGAGAUUGAGUUGCGCUCGUACGUGAUGCCAAACAGCCCCGUGGAUGAGAAAAUCCCCCUGGAACGGUUCCUGGUUCCCAUUGAGAGCAUUGAGCGAGCCUCAGGGCUCCUCUUUGUCCCCAACAUCUUGAAGAAAACAAGUAACUUGAAAGCCAUCACAGCUGGAAACAAGCGUUGA